CUUGUCAAAUCAAAUAUGUCAAUGUCAAAUUACCGGCCGAGCGGGUACAUUUAACAUUUGUGAAUAUUUGAUUUUGGAAAUAAAAUCGUCUGAAUUCCAAGUACGCGAGAUAUCAAAUUAUAUUUAAAAUUUUCUUAGACAUCUAUAUAAUAAUUUAAAAUGUUAAUAAAAGUGAAGACACUUACUGGAAAAGAAAUCGAAAUAGAUAUAGAACCCACAGAUAAAGUCGAAAGAAUAAAGGAGCGAGUCGAAGAAAAAGAAGGCAUACCUCCCCAGCAGCAGCGGUUAAUCUUUUCUGGAAAGCAAAUGAAUGAUGAAAAAACGGCACAAGAUUAUAAAGUUCAAGGUGGUUCAGUACUGCAUUUAGUUUUGGCGCUUCGUGGUGGCAAACCUGCAUAAAAUUAAAUGGUACAUACAUGUUUGUCUAGGAUAUACUUUAAAUUAUACUUUAAUAUGUACUCAUUAAGUAAAAAAUAUUACUAUCUGAUGAAUAAAGAUUUUUAUAUUUA